UUUUGUGACUGUAGUGAAAAAGGGACCGAGAUAGUUUUUAUCCCUGUCUGAGUUGCUGUGGGAAAAAGACAUGCUCGGAGGAAAAUCAAAGUGCGAGUUCGGACCACACUGUAUCCACGAACAGCCAAGGGAUGUUAACCACGAUGGUGCAAGCUUCCUCAUUUGCAGAAUAGGACAAUAAAUCAUUCUGUCUCCAGCCGAAUCUUGCUCUUACGCAUCCAAAACGGAGGGAGAAGGACAGAAAAGGGUGGUCGAAAAAGAUAAAAGACAGGAAAAGGAAAAACAAGAGGGUGGGGGGGCCGCAGAAAAGAGACGCGGGGAAGAAAAGAAUAAAAACAAAAACAAGAAAACGAAGAUCCUGCUCUUGGUACUCACCCCGGAUCAGGAGCUGUAGCGAGUGUGUGAAGGUGAAGAGAGAGAGAUGAGGCAGUUAAAGAAGCAGGGCGGAAGGUGCCCCCCAUCCACACGGGCUCGCAGAGGGAAGAAGAGGGGGGCGGCCGAGGCCCCGCCGGGGGGGAACGCAAAGAAAGACAAGGUCAGCAAACUAACCGACGACAGACCCCCACAAGCCACGCCCCCCGGCCCUACAACGCGCAAACAAACCCCGUCCGCUCCCGGCGGCUCACCGAAAGAGCCAAUCUGCAGCGGCGAAGCCCUAAAGAAGGAGGGGCCUCGACUGCAGACGGCAAGGAAGCCCACAGAGGGAGGAGAGGGGGUGAAGGAAGGCGGGGCUUACGGGAUCAACGCCUCCAAACACACAGAGUCCAGCAUCAAAACCCUCCCCCCGGCCCCCAGCCCGGCCCCCAGCACCACCCCCAGCCCCAUCACCGUCUCCAGCAGGAAGACGGCCACGUUCAAGGCCCGCAUCCCCAAGAAGAAGUACAUGUAUGAGCAGCACUGUGCCAGCAAAACCCCCGCCUUCUCCGCCGCCAGCCCCCCCUUUGCCACCCAGACCCACACACAGCACAGCUACCACAACAGCCUCAGCAACACUGAGGGCAACAACUCCAACAGCUUGAUUGUCAGUAACGACAUCUCCAAGACUAAUGGUAACACCAUUAGUAACAAUAGUAGUAACAGCAGUAGUGACAACAGUAGGAACAACAGUAGUAAUAUCGAUGGCCGUAAUGCCAACACAAACAAUAUGAGCAACAGUAAUUGUAACAGUAGUAUCUGUAACAGUAACAGCAUUAAUAACAGCAUUAGUAACAGCAUUAGUAACAGCAUUAGUAACAGCAUUAGUAACAGCAUUAGUAACAGCAUAAGUAACAGCAUUAGUAACAGCAUUAGUAACAGUUCUAUAGGAAGUAGCAAUUGUAGCCUCUCAUUGGCUCCUGGUGUGUUAACCUGUGAGGAUCGUAUGCAUCCGGAGGUUAACAGUCACACUGGGGACCCCCUGGUGGAAGAUGGGCCCACAGGGGCCUCGAGGACAGCAGCUCCCCCAGACAGAGAGCCCCAGAGCGGGGAGACGGAGGCCGAGGGGGCCCCUAACUCAGUACGCUCGUCUUCCACAGACACAGCCAGCGAGCACUCGGCAGACCUGGAGGCCGUGGACCCCACCCUCCACAGUGUGCCCCCCCCACUGCCCAACCUCCUCACGGGCCCUCACCACAGACACAGCACCCUGGACCCCCCCAGCCCCCGUGGGUCCAGGGCGUCUGGGGGACUGGCGGACGCCCUGGCCAGGGGUCUAAAGAACCAGAGAGUCCUGGCCCGCAGACGAGCCAAGUGGACGGCUGCAGGGGAGGAGGGGGGGAGGGAGAGCGCCUCGGCAGCCCAGUCCCCCGUCUUCCGGGCGGGGGUGGUGCGGAGUGUGAGCGGGGGCACCGUGGAGGUGCAGCUCCAGGGGGAGGAGGGGCUGGUCCACUACCCCUUCCGAGGCGGGGAGCUGACCUCCCCAAAGCCAGGGGAGGAGACCGCCGUGGAGGUCAUCUCGGACGCCCCUCCUCCGGGGAGUUGCCCCGUGACCAUCGGGACUCGCGUGUGCGUGCCUUUCGGGGGGGUUCUGCAAGAGGGGGGGGUGGAGGAAGCCGGGGGGGGACAGCCGUACAGGGAAGGGGUCGUCUCCCAGGUGGACCCCCAUCCGGCGGUGUCCUUCCCCUACAGGGUGCUGCUGGUCGAGGACAGGGAGGACCCGGAGGGGGGAGGGAGGGGGGAGGAGGAGAGGAGGAGGUCUCAGGCCGUGUGGGUGUCCAGGCAGAGCCUUCGUCUGCUCACCCCCCCGUGGGAGCUGCCCCAGAUGGAGGGAGGGAGGGAGCGAGAGAGGGACAGGGAGAGGGAGGAGCGGGAGAGGAGGGAGGAGAUGGAGGUGGAGAGGGAGGUGUGUCAGUUGAGUAUCGGGAUGGUGCUGGGAGAGGGCGGCGCCAUGUCGGGUCACGGGUUCUCGCCUGCGGCGAUAGUGGGGGGGCAUCACUACGGCAACGUUCCCCCACCCCACUCCCCGGCGGGCACCGCCAGCGUUGUAGCUGGCAUCGCGCUUGGCCGAGCCACGGAGGGAGAGGGACAGGGUUACCCCGACAGAGAGGCGGAAAGAGACAGACAGAAGCAGCCACACACCCCAGAGGAAGACAUGGAGGUGACCCAGUUCAGCAUGGCCUUAUCCGGCACCCCCAAAGCCGGCGUGGCGCCCCAGCACCGCCACAUCCUCUCCAAGCCCCCCGGAGUCUUCCCCUCCGCCUCUCCCCUCCUCACUGUGGUCCGGGGCCUGGGGACGCCCCCCCACCGCCUCGCCGGCCCCCAGCCCCCACCCCCUGCCGCGCCGUGCGCCACGGAGACGAGCGGCGGUGCUCCGCACCCGAAGACCACCCCCUCCCGGACCCCGACGCCCGCCGGAGAAGGCGGGUGCUCGGGGUCGACCUCGACGUCCUCGUCGCGCUCGCGCACCCCGCUCUCCCUGGCCCAGCAGAAGUACAAGAAGGGCGACGUGGUGUGCACGCCCAACGGCAUCCGCAAGAAGUUCAACGGGAAGCAGUGGCGGCGGUUGUGCUCGCGGGACGGCUGCUUGAAGGAGUCGCAGCGGCGCGGCUACUGCUCGCGCCACCUCUCCAUGAGGACCAAGGAGAUGGAGGGGGCCGGCGGAGGUGUGGGGGGCGGGGGGGACAGGGAGCGCUGCGGCGGGGGAGGAGGAGGGAGCAGCUCGGGCACGGUCACGCCGUCCGACCUGCGCGGGCGGGCGAGCAGCGAGUUCGACUGGGACGAGACGUCGCGCGACAGCAGCGAGGCCAGCAGCAGGGGUGGGGACUCGCGGCCCCGCCUCGUCCUGCCCUCGCUCCUCCCCCAGGACUUCUCGUCGCGCUUCGACUUUGACGAGUGCGAGGCGGCGACCAUGCUGGUGUCGCUGGGAAGCUCCCGCUCCGGCACGCCCUGCUUCUCGCCCAUCUCCAACCAGUCGCCCUUCUCCCCCGCCCCCUCGCCCUCGCCCUCGCCGCUCUUUGGCUUCCGCCCGGCCAACUUCUCCCCCAUCACCGCCUCCCCGGUCCUCCCCCACCGGCGCCACCGGCAACCCAGUGGGACGGGGGCCAAGCUGGGGGCCCUGGGGGGUGGCGAGAGGGAGAGACACCCCUCGGGAGUCCAGCCUUCUUUCCACACCAACCUGACCUUCACCGUUCCCAUGAGCCCCAGCAAGCGCAAGGCUGACGCAACUCCGGCCUUGCCACCGCCCUCGCACGCCCAUGAUUACCCCCCCAAGGCUGAACUGGAGCAGGGCAACAUGAACUCCGCCUCCUUUCGCGUCCUUUCCCCACAGACACACUCUCGCACGCACACACCCACCUUCCCCCGACCCAGGGGGGUGAACACGCCCUCCAGCCGGCCCCCCUCCUCCACCGCCGCCUCCCCUCCUCCACUGCUGGUAUCUCCCACACCCCCCUCUCCCCUCCCCCUAGACACCGGGCCCCGCCACGUUGCCCCAGUGUCCCAGCAGGCCUUGCGGGACUCCCCGGUGAUUGUGAGAAACCCGGAGGUCCCAUUGGCCAAGUUCACCGAGCGUCCAAAAACUUCCACAGACCAUAGCCACGCCCCCCAGCCCUCCUCCGCUCUCCAGGUGCCCGUCCCCAUCAAUGCCGCGGCCACGGUGACCAACGGAACCGUCCUCCUCCGAAGCCCCGCCCCCACCCUGGUACUGGUGACCUCGGCUCCGCCCUCCUUCAACGCCUUGGGGACUUGCAGCCCCGCCCAGACGCUCUCGAUCGCCGUCGGCACGGCGCUCGGAGGCCCCGCCCCCGGCAGCCCUGCCAGCCCCGGGGGGAGGGGGGCCCAGGGGGGGCAGGUGUUUGGGGGGGAGCUGCAGCAGCCGUUGGCGUGCCACCCCUCCCCCACCGCCCUGCUGCCCCUCCUCCUGCCAGCGGAGAACCCCCACCCUGCGCCACGCAAAGACAUCAUCAUGGGACGCCCCGGGACGGUGUGGACCAAUGUGGAGCCCCGAUCUGUUCCUGUGUUUCCAUGGCAUUCCUUGGUGCCUUUCCUGGCACCUACCCAAUCAGAUGCCUCGACUCAGCCCGUGGACGGACAACAGCCAGUCCACCACCCCCCAGCGGCUAACCUUAAGACAGAGUCUCAGGGAGGUGCUGUGCUGCUCCAGGAAUGCGUGGAGGCACCCCCCACGCUGGAGAGGGGUCCUCCGCCUCGCCCCAUCGCAGCCACGGAGGAGCCGCCCCCGGAGAGGGAGGCGGAGAGGGAGAGGGGCGACAGCGAGACGGAGAGUGACGUGGACGACCCGUUCUUCCCUAGUGUGUUACCUGAUCAGCCCCUUUCCAUUACCCCGGUGAAGAGACGCACCCAGUCCCUCAGCGCCCUGCCAAAAGAUGGAGACAAGGCCAGCCCGGGAAAGAGGGAGAAGGACCAUAUCAGGAGGCCGAUGAACGCGUUCAUGAUCUUCAGCAAGCGCCACCGCGCUCUGGUCCACCAGCGGCACCCCAACCAGGACAACCGCACGGUCAGCAAGACUGGGGAGUGGUGGUACGCCCUGGGCCCCAAGGAGAAGCAGAAGUACCACGACCUCGCCUUCCAGGUGAAAGAGGCCCACUUCAAGGCCCACCCAGAUUGGAAGUGGUGCAACAAAGACAGGAAGAAGGCCGGCACUGAGGGCCGAGGGGUCCCUGGGGGCAAAGACAUCAGAGAGAGGAGCAUGUCUGAGACCACAGAGCCCCAGUCCUUGUCCCUGGGCCCGGAGCUGAAAGGGGUCGCAGCGGGCCUCGCGGGCGCGUCGGAGCGGGCUGUGGGCGAGGGUCACGUGGCCAAGCUGACCCGCCCGCGGGCCUUCUCUCAGAGUGCCAUGCACAGCCUGGAGAGGAGCGAGAGGGGCAACACCCAAGCCCUGGCAGAGCUCGCCCAGAUGUGUGGCGACGGAGGGGGCCAGUUUGCGGGCCGCGCCCCGCCCCUCUCUCUCCAGCGGGGGGUCAGCGAAGACAUGACCAGCGACGAGGAGCGCAUGGUCAUCUGCGAGGAGGAGGGGGAUGACGACGUGAUCGGUGAGCACCGGCCGUGCGCCCGCCUACAGGGCGGAAAAGACUACGUUACCCAUAAUGCUGCAGUGCUCUCCAAUAAGACCAAUCUGGUGUUAGGAGGCGCGUUCAACGCACAACCUACCGUCCAGCUCAUCAGCUCCUCCCACCAGCCGAUAUCCCAGCACCAGCUCCCGCCCACAGCCCCGGUCUCGACCUCCCAGCACGGCCAAACCAACGGACCCCUGCCUCUCCCCUUCCUCCAGCCCCAGUUCCUCCCCGCCUCCUCUCUAGCGCCCCCUGGGGGUAAAGCCAUCACACAGGUCCAGUACAUCCUGCCCACCCUCUCCGCCAGCACCAACCCCAAGCCCCCUCAGCAGAUCAGCCAGCCAACCAGUAUCUUCAACCUGCCCACAGCUCCGCCCACACACCUGUCCUUGGCCAAUGGGAAGCAGCCAGGCUCGAGCUCUCUGUCGGGGUACGCCUCCAGUCCAGCAGUAGGCGUUGUCAGUCCAGGAGCCAGAGUGCAAACACAAUCCCCAGUCCUCCAGGGCAAGAUGUUGGUUCCCAUGGCAACAGUGAGGACAGCCCCUUCCCAGCAGUUUCCUACCGUGGCUCCGCCUCUUCCCGUGAAUGGCGCUCAGACAGGCAAGCUCAUCCAGAUUUCUCCCCUGCCAGUCGUCCAAUCACAGCUCUCGCAGGGCGGAGCCGUGCAUCCCGGAAGCCCCUUCCCCGUAACCAUGGGAGCGGCUGCGAUGGUGGCCCCUGGCUCCGCCCCCCAGACCGUGCUGCUGCCGACUCCUCCCACCAGGAUCACCUAUGUCCAGUCCACGCCCGGAGUCGCUUCCCCUCUGCCUCUGGUCUCCACGACGACCGGCUCCUCCUCCCAGCAGCCCCUGCCCUCCCCCGGACCUGCGUAUGUCCCGUCGCCCCUGGCAACGCUGGGCUUCACAGCCAUCGCCCCCCCAGGACAGACCCUGAUGCAGCCCCUCAUAGCAGGCCAGCCCCCCCUGCCCUCCGCCCCAUCUCCUGUGACCGGCACCACCAACCAGAUUGUCACCGCCAUCUACCCUCCCUCCCCCAGCGUCACCUUGGCAACAGGGGUGGUCUCCAUGACGACGGUGCCCCCCAGCGUGGUUUAUACAGUCUCCAGCGCCUCCAGCAUGUCUCCCCACAUCCUGCCCAAACAUUCCCCAGCUCCCACCCCCCACACCCAGCCCCCUGCUGACCGGCAGACAGACAGGCACCUGCCCCCCGAGAGGCCGGGAGACAGGCAGGCAGACAGACAGCCUCACUUCCAGACAGACAGACAGGCCGAGAGGCAGUCAGAGCUACAGACGCACGGUCAGACAGACAGACAGACGUCCAGUAAGAACCACGGCUCCACGGCGGGCUCCACGCUGCCCGCCAGCCCCCCUCCCCCUGCCCACACGCCCGGCAGCGGCCCAGGCACCCUUAAACUCCCCCAGCACCCAGUGAAGACCCCUCAGAAAGUCAAGGCCACGGUGGCCAACAUUCCUGUCGGCAGCUACGAAGGAGGAGGGCGCGGGAAGGAGAGGGACAAGGAGAGAGACAAGGAGAGCAGCCGCUUCUCCUUCGAGGCGGAGCGGACGGCCUCCCCCUCUACGCACCCUCCUGAGGAGCCCCCCUCCUCGGAGAGACCCCCGGAGGGAGCGAGGGACGCCUCGGACCCGCGGGGCAAGGAGAGCGCCAGCAAAGAGGUGGUGUGGAAAGACUCCCUCCCCUCCUCGCCGCUGCCUCCUCCCCCUGCCUCAGACCCCGCCCUGCCUCCUCCCCCUGCCUCAGACCCCGCCCUGCCUCCGCCCCCCAGCGACAAAGACGCCCCCCCUCUCAAGAAGGUGAAGGCCCGGCCCCCCCCCCUCAAGAAGACCUUCGACUCUGUGGACAAAGUGCUGUCGGAGGUGUAUUUCGAGGAGCGCUUCGCGGAGCUGCCCGAGUUCCGGCCGGAGGAGGUGCUGCCGUCCCCCACGCUGCAGAGCCUGGCCACCUCACCCCGCGCCAUCCUGGGCAGCUACCGCCGCAAGAGGAAGAACUCCACAGACCUGGACUCGUCCACGGAGGACCCAGUCUCCCCCAAGAGGAAGAGCCGCCGCAGGUCCAGCUGCAGCUCGGAGCCCAACACCCCCAAGAGCGCCGCCAAGUGUGAGGGAGACAUCUUCACCUUCGACAGGCCAGCGCCCCCCUCCGUGUGUCCCUCCCCAGGCACGGACGGAGAGGACAUCCUGGGAGAGCUGGAGUUUGACAAGGUGCCCUACUCGUCGCUGCGUCGCACGCUGGACCAGAGGAGGGCCCUGGUCAUGCAGCUGUUCCAGGAGCAUGGCUUCUUCCCCUCGGCCCAGGCCACUGCAGCUUUCCAGGCACGCUACUCGGACAUUUUCCCCACCAAGGUGUGUCUGCAGCUGAAGAUCCGAGAGGUCCGGCAGAAGAUCAUGCAGACGGCCGCCCCCUCCGAGACCCCCGGUCUGGGGGCCCCCGACUCCUCCUCCCUCCCCGGGCCCUCGGGGGCCCAGACAGGGGAGGGGGCCGGUGGAGGAGGUGCAGAGCAGCCGGGCGAGGAGGCGGAGCGGGAGGGGGAGCCCAGCCUGGAAGAGCCUCGCGAUUCGCAGGACUCGUCUAGAUGAGGGGCAUUGAUAGGCUGCUGGAUUGACCAAUCCGCUCCUUUAUAAAGAAAACGACGCCACACCCAUAAUCUCCACCCAUCUCUCUGUCUACGUCUGCAUAGGAGCAACACACCAGCGCUCCCCUCUGGUCGCCCUCCUCCAGUUCUGUUUCUUUCCAUCUUCAGGAGCGAACGAGAACGAGUGUGAGAGACAAAAAGGGUUGUGUGUGUGUCUGUCGGAAGAAGGGAUAAAGAACUUGAAAUGGGUAUAAAAAAAAAAUAAUAAUUACAAAACAAAUGAUUCUCUCUUACCAAAAAAGGACAUGCGAACCACCAGUGGCAUACAGACAAACGUACUCAUCGCACACACACACACACACAAACCACACUUGAAUUAGUUUUUAUUCAUUUGUAUUAAGGCUUCCAUUGAUGCCAGUGAACCCCCCCCUGCUCUGAUCCUUGUUGCCUUGAAGCAGCUGGGUUCUUUUGGGCCGAAGGCCAUCCCGUACACAGACAUCCUGCUGGGACGUGCUCACAUCACACUGCUUGACUAACUGUUGAUGUCUUUGUUUUCUUUUCUUUUUUUAUACAUAUUAUAACUUUUGGGGAGGGGAAAAGCAAUCAUUGGUUGCUUUUGAGGAAGUGGUCUGUACCGUCCCGUCUUUGAUUGGCUUGUUUCUGUGGGACAUGAGGGGGCUGGCUCCCCCCCAACCACCUGCCUAAGGACGAUGCGAUUGGACGAUACCGUUGUUUAUGAGAUCGAUUAGGAAGAUCCUUGUUUUAUUGGUUGCUUUUUCUCUGUUGUAUUCCCACCAAAGCUGACAUUCAGACGGGGUCAAGACAACAGAUGGUUCGGGGAUGAAAUGACAAACUUGGCUCCAGUCAACUUUUGGCAGUGCCACCAUUCCUGCUCAUUUACCCACCGGUCUGGCCUUGCCUUCCCGUGAUUGGCUAUAGCAGACGCCAGUAAGGGGAUUACCAAGCAUUCCUGUGCCUCUCAUUCGAUAGCCAUGAAGGAAAGAGGCGGGAGAGACAUUGUCAUUGGGCACAUCCUUGUUCUUAACGGGACGUUAUUUUGUUGCUCGCCUCAUCCAAACUUUGAGUUUUAAAGGGGUUUUGGACUUGAGUUGAUAAACCAGAGGAUAUAUGAGGGCUGACAGGGCCAAAGACCCUCUGUAGCCAAGACGUUUUUAUUCCCUUUUUUUU